AACCAAAGGAAACCCUGCAGUUGUAGGAGAUGCUUCUCUGCCUCUGCUUGCCAGCAUCUAUCAGCGUUGCCAGACAUACAGUAAUUAUCGUGUUUAGAGCGAAAAUAAGAAACGCGAGUUCAAAAUGUUAACAAACUAGUAAAAGACUCCGGUGGUGCAGAGACUGGCCAAUAGACCAAGCUACUUUACCGGCCUGUCUGCGAGUUGGACGCUACGGUUCAGGAGCGGAUUCAACCUGUUCAAUGAGGCCGAAUCCUUCUGACGCUGCGGUAUUCAAGGUGCGUUGGACAUUGCGAUGUUAAAAACAUGCAAAAGAAAACACGGACACGACAUCAAGUCUCUAGUUCCGAAAAUCAAUAAAAUUGUCGAAAUAACCGAACCUCCUUGAUUUCCAUAGGCUACGUGCCCAUAGAAUAAGUUUGUUUUAAAAUUCACGUGACUUUUAAAGUUGUUAAAUUUCAUACGAUAGUUUGGGUUAAAAUGUGAUCAUCUUAAAAGCUACAGUACUAUAUUUCUUUGUUUUUUUUUUCUUCUUCUUCUUCUUCUUCUUUGUUUCUCCGGCGCCGGUCGAGCUGGCUGCUGGUCACAACAGCUCCUGUCCUCUUACUUCUAUUUAUCACUUUCUUCACCUACUCAAGUUUAUCUUUCUAGUGUUUUGUUAGUAGCAUUAGUGUACACAACCUGUACACAGCUUUUAUAUAGUUUUUCUAAGUGUGGCGCAGUACAAACGCUGUUUUAAAGCUACGAUGUGCGUCGGGGCCAGAGCGCGCAUCGUUUACACCGCGGAGCAGCUGAUCGCGCUGCGCAGCGCCGUAGUUCUGCCCAGAGACAGACACGAGAUCACCGCUGAGGUGCUGCUGUGUAAUAAUUGCUGUGUACGUCCCACCCUCCGCUAACGCUGACACAGCUUCUGAGACCCUGCUCUCAGUCACCAGCAGGCUGCAAACACAGCACCCACAGGCCCUCUUCCUGAUCUCUGGGGACUUUAACCAUGCACCUCCUUCAGCUGCUCUGCCUACAUACACCCAGUAUGUGACCUGCCCCACCAGAGUCAACAAAACCCCAGACUUAUUCUAUGCCAACACCAAAGAGGCCUACACUGCACCCUCCCUCCCACCGUUGGGCAGAGCUGACCACAACAUCCUGCAAACCUUUUGUCACCUCAUACCACUGGAUUACCAGCCCCCACAGCCCUUCACACCUUUACACAAAGCCCUCUACCCUCAGCCCUGACGACUGGUGACUCAUCCCAACAACACCGCCUCACUUCACACAACACUGAGACACUGCCUCAACCCCUAUCCUUCUCCAGCACCCAGGUGAGAAGUGAGCUCAGGAAGAUCAAGGCCAGGAAAGCAGCUGGACCAGACGGCAUCAGCUCCAGACUCCUAAAGUCCUGCGCAGGCGAACUGUGCAGAGUUAUGGAGCAUGUCUUCAACCUGAGCCUCAAGCUGAGGGUGGUACCACAGCUCUGCAAGACCUCCUGCGUGGUACCAGUGCCCAAGACACCACACGCUAAAGACCCCAGCAGCUUCAGACCAGCGGCUCUGACAUCACACCUGAUGAAGACAUUGGAGAGACUGGUCCUGGGUCACCUCCGCUCUGCAGUGGGAACCUACCUGGACCCGCUGCAGUUCGCCUACCGACACGGCAUAAGAGCAGACGACGCCGUCAUCUUCCUCCUACAUCGAGCUCUUUCUCACCUAGAGAAGCCCGGCAGCACUGUGAGGAUCAUGUUCUUUGACUUCUCCAGUGCCUUCAACACCAUCCAGCCGGUGCCUUGCAUUCUGCAAGGAGGAGGAGAUCCCCACUGCUUCCAGCUGCUUCUCAGCCAAUAUGAGAUCCAGUUUGGGCAGUACCGGGGACAGACCUUCAAGUGGCUCCUGAGUCACGACGUGGGCUACGCUGUGUCCCUGCUGGCCUCACACCAGAAGGAGCGGGAGAGUGGUGACACAUCCAGCUCACCACUUAUGGCCAACAAGGAUGCCCUCACCUCCUACAGCAAGCUGUUCCCAGAGGUGAUGUCAGCCGUGGAGGGAUGCCGUGCCACGGAGGGUUCCAAGUCUGUCCGGAGCCAAGACAAGAAGUUGGUGGAGUUCGGCCCCCACGGAGCCAUGACCUACGCCUCCAUGUACGAGGCCACGGGGAAAGAGGUUGAGACCUACGUGCAGUGGCUGAGGAAGAAGAAGUGCAUCCCAGGCAGCAACCUGCAUGCUUUAAAGACCUACAUACUGGGCCGGGACCAGGAGAAGAACCAGCAUCCCUCCCAGCAGCCCCAGUGCCCACCAUCUGACAAGGUCCCAUCUUCAGCCUCCACUCCUGUGCCAGUCGAUGACCUGGACCUGUCUUCCAGUGGUGACAGCGGCGUCGCCGUGCGGCCCAGGACCAGAGCUGCAGCCGCAGCUGAGGGCUGUCCUAAACCCUCGCGACCAAUUAGUGGCUCAGAGCUGCUGCCUCACAGCUGGAGGCAGACUCUGCCGGAGGAGCAGCAGGACUGGGUGGGCCGGGCUCUGUUCACCAGGAACGCCAGGGGCCAGCGUGUCCUCACCACCGACCUUCGCCUCUGGUGGUACCCUCCCGGAGCCCGGCCCCUCUACACCCAGACCCCUGCAUCGUCCCACGCCUUCUUCCAGAGGCCGUUCUUCCUGUGGCUGCCCUACAAGAUGUGGGCGUGCAGGCUUGUGUGCCCCAGCUGUGACACGAAGCUGACCGGCGCAGGACUGCACAAGACGGUGCGCAGGGUUCUGGACAGGGACGGCUGGUACUUUAUGGGCACAGAGUGCCUGGAAUGUCGUUCCUGUGGGAAGAAGAUGGCCGCCUGGGUCCCGGACAUCAUCAAUCAGUUGGACCCGGGUCACCGGAAUCAAUUCCCGGCUGUACUCACCUACAAGCUGUCCUGCCACAAGUCGGUGAUCUCGCAGAUGAGGCAGCGGACUUUGGGCAACAGUGCGACCCGCCUUCGCAAACAGCUGAUGGAGGACCACACAGAGACCUGGAUGUCCUGCACUGCAACGUACCUCGGGGUGCUGAAGAAGCUGGGCGUAGCGGGUGCAGCAGUCAAGCCGGUGACUGUCCCACCCCUGCACCCGGUGCCCACCGUGGGCUGGCUCCUCUCCGUCUUUGUCAGGGACGCCCUGUCUAGGCUGGAGGCGACCAAGGCCAGGGUCACGUCUAUCUUCGGCAACAUUCUGAAGAUGGAUUCUACAAAGAAGAUGACCUCCAAGCUGGCUGGCAAAGCUGCGGGCACUGCAGCGUGGGUGACAAACGUGGGCAACGAGUACGGACAGGUGCUCAUGUCCGUCCUCACGGCUGCAGAGGGGGAUGGGCUUUUGCCCAUGGCCGCAGGGCUGAUGCGGCGGUACCGAGAAGCCCAGGUGGCCCCUCCAGCGGUGCUGUACGUGGACCGUGACUGCUGCUCCCUCACUGGACGGACGGGCACAUCCGCCAUGUUCUCCGAGUGGGACCAGCUGGUGGUGAGGCUGGACGUGUGGCACCUCAUGCGACGCUUUGCCAGAGGUGUCACCACUGAGAGCCACCAGCUGUACCCUCAGUUCAUGGCGCGGCUGUCCUACGCCAUCUACCUGUGGGACCAGGACGACCUGGCUCUGCUGGAGAAGGCCAAGCGCGCAGAGGAGGGCAGAGAUUCCUUCAUCCGUCUCUCUGCCAAGGAGCUGGCGCGUCACUGCCGCCGCUACACGCGCGGCGCGGCAGAGACGGAGAGGCUGAUCCAGGAGCUCCUGGAUCAGUUCUGGGACCUGCGAAACGAUCUGGGCGUCGUCCUCAUAGAUCAUGAAAGGAUGGAGGCGAUUUGGAGCGUGCAGCGUCGUCACCUGAGCUGCAUCCAGGAUCCCCCGGGAGUGGCGCUCUACACUAAGACGGGGGAGCUGACCAAGGGAGGGAUCCGGCUCCCCGUCUACCGCUGCGCCCGAGGAUCCACUUCACUGGAGUCCUUCCACCUUCACCUGAACCGCUUCAUACCUGGCACGUCAGCCAGUGCCCUGCACUUUCAGGUGUACUUGCUGGAGGGCCUGGUACGAUGGAAUGAAGACCGCGGCAGAGCUUCAGUGGAAGGAGCCCAGAGGCUGGUCCCGCGCUGCUACGAUGCCCUGCUGCAGGAUUACCUCAAGCAGCUGACCCAAGAGUUUAUGGGUAUGACGCUGGUGGAGACAUACACCCAGCCUGGAGAGUACACAGGUGAGCUGAUUGGGGUGGAGUACCUGUUUUCCCAGACGGGUGCCGUGCUGGAGGAUUUGGGCCGGGAUCCAGACGCUCCCGACGGCCUGGAUGAGGCUGACGUGGAGGUUGUGGAUGAUGAUGAGGGGGAGGAGGACGAGGGGUUUGGGGAGCUUCAGGACAUGCAGUUUCUGCAUGACCAGCCGACACCUUCAGCUUCAGCUGACACCGACCCCGUCUCACGGGAAGAAUCCGCUGUGGAGACGGGAAUGGAUGUCGCAGAGGGUGACGGCCCUGAUGCACUUGGCCCAGAUGGGCGUAGCGGGUACCAGCACGUCACCGCUCUGGCCCACGCCCUAGUAGAGCUGCGUCAUCACACGUAUGCGACACAGCUAAAGGCCAGAGAGAUCAUCGCCUUGUGGGAGAAGCUGCUGGAUCAUGACAAGGAACCAGUUGCCUUCCCCCCGCGCCACCAGGAGCGGUUGGUGACAGGCAGGUUUAAGAGCUCGCGGUCAAGCAGCAUUGCCGGCGUGGACAGCGUGCAGCGUUCCUUUCUAGGCAAAGGUGCGGGCGCUGCUCAGUCCCCUAAGGUCAGCAGGCUGGUGGAGGCCAUCUUCCUGGAGCUGUGUGACGUCCACAGUGAGGGACGUUCACUGGGCGGGGUCCGGGUCAGUCGCUGGGCUUCCGUCCUGAGGGACUACAACACCAUCCGGGACGUUGUAGUCAGCUGCCCCACGCUGAUGACCAACACCUCCAUCCACCUCUACAACGUCAACCAGAAGACGCUCCUGCAGUGGCACACAGAGAGGAGCAAGGGAAUGAGCACCACCUUCCUCCUCAGUACUGUCCCCGGACCAGGCGGACCUGCUUCUGGUACUCAGGGUGUCCCAUCACAGUCUCUGAAGGUGAACCCUGUGCUACCUCAGAGGCCGUUGCAGCACCCACAAACUGAAGACACCUCAGGGCUGGCAACCACACACCGUGGGCCUGUGGCACCGGCCCUGUAUGACCUGAUUGUCUCUGCUGCCAUGGCUUCUGAAGCAUCAGCUGCCACCAUCACUGCUUCACCAGACACAAUCACCACUACCACCCACCAUGCCAUCUCCAUCACCGCUGCUGCACCUGCUGCUGCUGCUGCUGCUGCUCCUGCUGCUGCUGCUGCUGCUGCUCCUGCUGCUGCUCCUGCUCCUGCUCCUGCUCCUGCUCCUGCUCCUGCUCCUGCUCCUGCUGCUGCUCCUGCUCCUGCUCCUGCUCCUGCUCCUGCUCCUGCUGCCGCCGCCGCCGCCGCCGCCGCCGCCGCCGCCGCUGCUGUUCCUCGCUCCACAGCCUGGCAGAGGAGGAUUAGAGAGGAGGAGCUGCGUCGUCAGCGAGAAAGGGGUCUCCCUCUUAAAGAGAGGAAGAUCUUUACACACUUCCGCUGUGGCCGCUGUGGUCAGCCCAAGACCAAACAGUAUGGCCACAGCCGUUACAGGGGAGAGUUCUUCUGUGCCACAUCGGAGGGUCGCUCUGUGGAUGACUGGUUGAAAGAGAAGAGACGACUGGACCCGAAAUACCAGCAGCCGCCCAGGUGAAGGACAAUCCACAACAAUGCACGUGACUCCUUUUAAUCUUUUUUCUAAUUGCAGGACACACCAACUUGACGUGCAGCAUAGUGUCACUUGUAUAUAGUUUGUGUAAUUUUGCUUAUAUAUAUUUUGUGUGUAUUUUUAAAAUCUAUCUAAUUUUAAUAGAGUAUUUUGUUACAAAUUUGUAAUGUACAUAGUUUAAUUUUACUGUUGACAAUGUUCUCAAGCUAAUUUAAUUGAUGUUUUUGUUACAUAAAAA